AUGGAAAGUUCACGUCCCAAAGAUGUCGCGCCCUCGUCUGGUAGCUGCUGGAAUCUGCUCCGAGGGGUGUUCUCUAGCGGGAAACAGAAAACCCAAACCACAGAUCGGCCACAAACAGAUCAACCCCAAGAAAUUGGGCGGACAAACUCCGGUCAGAAGGUCCCAUUUAAUCCUUCGCCCGAGAUAGACUUAUGGUCACCAGCACAACUGGCCAUUCCAGCACCUCCAAUCGAUGCCACACUAAACGAUAGACCCAGUAUGGGAUCGACAGCACUCAAAGGUCUCUGGCAGGAGGCAUAUGAACUGCUUAUCCGCGACCCAAAUAACGCCGGUCUAGUUAAAGCCUACGAGAGUGCUCUCUUGCAUGAAGAGAAGGAAGGAGAGGGUCCCGACAACGAUGAGCACGGCAUUAGCCCGCUUCUACACACGAUCGUUCGCCGAAAGCUGGAGGAUAUCCGGUAUUCUCUAACAAAGUUCCGUUUGGGAGGCAAAGAAAUAUUUGUUAAAGACCAGGUCCGUCGGGGGAUCAACUUAGUUGUGUCGGUACAAGGUAUUGUGACCACGGCAGUGAGUUCAGAGCCACAUGCUGCGGUCCAGAACAACCGAUUGGAAGCACCCUUUUCCUAUAUGGAAGUCUAUAAAUCCAAGAGGAAUAGCCAUUUCAGUGAUGUCGACUUAAGCAUGGUGGUCAUCUAG